AUGGCAGAGGAAACUUUGCUCGAAACAUUAAAAAUCGUUGAAAUGGAAGAUUGCGUGUAUUCUGCAACAGCUAAAAGACUUAUCGGCCAUUUUAACGAGAUGAUCAACUCUUUCGAUGCACAAAAGUUUUGGGAUAGCCUCAACGUUCGAGAAGAGAAAUCUAAAACUCAAACUGCACAAGUUAUUUUGCAAGAGAAAGAAGAACAGAAUGCUUGUCAAGUAAGGAUCGGUGCGUUAGAUGCGAAUAUCCAGAAAUUAACGAGAAAAAGACAAGGUGAGGAAUUACCUUCGACACCGCCAAAUAAG